AGAGAUAGAGAGAGAGAGAGAGAGAGAGAGACUGCCCCUCUCUCACACGUGUGUUUGAUUUCUCGCUCUCAGGCGUGUCUCCGUGUCUGUCUGUGCUGCUGUGUCUCUCUGUGUCGGUCUGUCUCUCUGUCUCUGUCUGUCUCUCUCUCUCUCUGUCGGUCUAUCUCUCUGUGUCGGUCUGUCUCUCUGUCUGUCUCUCUCUCUUUCUCUCUACACACACAGUCCGGUUCGGUCUGAGCCGAUUAGCAUGUCGGUGUCGCUGGUCUCCCUGUGGUUCCGUCCAAACUCCGGCUCGUGUGGAGCUCCGCGGCGGUUCUCGGUCUCCUGAGCUCCUUUAUGGACCUGUCUGAGCGGAGCUCGGCCUCAGGGGAAUGUUUCAUCUCACAAAAUGCGUCUGUUCGUCUGUCUGUUUCUGUUUAUUUUCACCACAGGUAAUUUCCUCUCAGGAGUGAGAGGAGAUUGUGGAGGGAAAACAGAUGUUCUUGAAGAGAGGAACGGCUCUAUUCAGUACUCCUUUGCCGCUGGUUUACAGUCAAACAACCUUACAUUCGAUGAGACUCUCAACGACACCAUUGAUGAAUGGCCAAAUGUCACUUGUACCUGGAUUAUAAAUGCACAGGCGAAUCAAACCGUUUGGAUAGAUGUUGUUCAUGUAGAUGAGGACACGAGUCUGCGGAUACAUUUUGGCAAUAAGACGGUUGUGAAGGAGAAGGGAGCCUUAUUUACAGGCAGUGGGAGGACAGCUGUGGAGUGGAGCUGGAGAAAUGGCACCAAAGCUUCAAGAAGGUUCCACCUGAGAUGGAACACGUCAGAGGACAGUUGGGAUCUAGCUCAGGUUCCUUACACACACUCCGACAGUGACCCUGUAUCUCCCUCGCCAGACGCUCCAAACAGAGUGACCCGAGCACCAGACAUUCUUGGGUUCGGCGGCGUGUCCCCUAGUGUGCACACGCUCCGGGGUACGAGUGUACAACUAGGCGGAGGUGUGUCUGGGUCUGACGAUAAGAGCGGAACCCCUAUUCCACAGGAAGGCACACACAAUGGACAGGAAAAGGCUGGAGCUGCAAUCUCUGACCUUGCACACACCGUCACAAACACCCACACUGACACACACACUCAGUCCACUCUCUCUUACAGACACGUGGUUACGCACACUGCCCCCACUUUGGCUCUCUCGAGCGCCAGGACAAAAUUAUCACAACUCUCUUCGCACAUGUCGGCCGGGCAUUAUGAUAUCGCCAUGGCAACAAGGGCAUAUUUGAAUGGAGAGUCUGACAAUGCAUAUACAGUCACACAAACACAAUCACUCACAAAAAAAUCUCUAGCUAUUGACCCUGACGAGCAAACAGCUAUGAAAAUAUACCCUUAUCUGCACAGUGGCACUGAGGGCACUCUGCCCAAUUCAACAGUUUUAAAGGCGAGCUCUCAUACAGUCCGUCCAGCUGAGUCUGUCACAGAUAACGAGGCGUCAGUAAUGGUCCCCGAAGUGGAGGGCUUAAGUAGUGUCACUAAAAGUGAUGUCUCCAUGACAACUUCCAUUGAUGAGGGUGUCUCCAUGGUGACUCCCAAUCGGUCUUAUGCAACUACUCUUGCUAAUACACCGAAUAACAGAGCGCUGGGGACAGAAAUAGACCAAACCAGUCGCUCCUCAAGAUCGACUCAUCCUAACCAAGACAUUUCAAAUCAAAGAUCCACAUCAGAUUUCAAUGAUUCAGUCAAUGCUAGUGGCACUUCAGCUGUUGUUGCCCAUAAUCAGACUGCAUUUUCUCAUCAGGAGAGCACCAGCCACUCAGAAGCUUCUGAAAGUCCAUUGUUAAGAACACUCACAACAAGUAGGGAAGAUGGAGAAGAGACAUCUAUAGCUGAGCAUCACCCACACACUACAUUUGAGACGAACACGAGUGUGGGACAGACCACAUGGCCCACCCCAACUGUGGACUUGACUAGCCCACGUAUCUCGCACACCAUCCAAAGUGAACUUAAUACAUUCACUCAACAAACUAGUUCCGCAUCUCUUCCUAGCAGUACUGACCAGUCAGGCUCCACCAACCAUGACACUAACCUUUCUAGUACCUUUGUGCCAUUCAUGCCUACAACUCCCUCAGAUUUGCCUCAAAGUUCUACGACCUCUGUUGAGGGGCCAACUGAAGAAGGUGGAAACUUCACUUUGACUUCACAUUCACCAAAUACAGUGAGGCAGGAGAAUACAUUUGCAUCAAGCUCCGUCCCUCCCUCGAUCAUGACCACCGCUCAGGUUGAGCCAACUGUGACCCAAGAUUUUACGGUGCAAGGUGCCAUCACAACAGGGGAGGCUGUACGCAACACAAGUGAAGAAGAAUCUGAUACAGCCACUUCAUACACUGAGUCUCCACUAGGAACCCAUUUAUUCACAGAAAAAACCCUGCCACAUACACUUAGCCCUCACAUCUCUCCUACACACACCACAGAUGUCAACAUGGCCACCCCUCAGUCUACAGAUUUUCCUCAGACAGAACACAGCGGUAAUGAGAUUAGCCAUCCUAAUUCCUCUCAGAGUGGCAUUUCAUCAGGUCCCAUGAUACCUGUUAGCAUUUCCCCAUCUAUUAUCUCUGAAACUGGAUCAAUGGAGGCCACUCAUAAUGUUACUGACCUCCCUGUAUGGACUGACAGGAAUGAACGUGUGACUCCUACAACCUCCAGUCCUGUAAUUAGUCUCAGCUCUGCAAUCAGCACAGCUGGUAAUAUUGUUAGCUCUAGCACACCUUCACAGUGGACAACAAGCAAAACUCCAGCAGUGAACUCCCCUUUAAUGACAACGCAAGGGGCCAAAAUGACCCCAACACCAAACACAAACAGACUCACUACAAGCAAACCGGUCCUCCAAACACAUGUUCCAACAGAACCAACCCCAGCAGCACAGACGAGCACGAAUUCUUAUCGAUCUCAGACGGCAUCACAAACACCUUCAACAGCAUUGUUCAGUCAAACAUCUCAGCUCCAUCCUUUCACUCAGAAAACGGACAAAGACUGGUCACACAAAGGACGAAUCUUUGUCAUGGAGGACCAGCCAGCUACUAUCAAAGUGGAGACAUUCCAAGUGCUGUUACAGGUCGUACUGGAAGGAAACUCUCCUUCAUAUGUGGGACUGGUGGAGGUGGAGCCAUUCCUACACCGAGUAGCAGGGUACCAAAGCCAGCAAGUAACCUGGCACAGUGGUCCAGUGCUGCAGACAGUGGCCACUUUCCGCACAGCAGAGACACUCUCCUGGUUGGGGAAGGUGGAAUCUCUUUUGCAUGAGGCAGGGCUCAGUCCACUUCCCGUAGAGGGGAUAUUUGUAAAUGGAAUCAGGGUGAAAAACAUCACUGUGGGAGGCCUCCACACUGACGUGUGCUCAUGGCUGUUUAUGUGCCCGUCUGGGUUCCAGUGUGUGUCUUCAGAGGGCAAUGCCAGCUGUACGUCUCUUUGCCACACUGAGUACUGCAAACAUCACGGCAUCUGCGUCCAUCACCCUGGACAACAACCCCUCUGCCAGUGUCCUGUGGGCGAGGACUUCUGGUUUAUGGGUCAGCGCUGUGACCUGCGGAUGACCCGACAGCGAUUGGUUGGCAUGUGCUUUGGAGUGCUGCUCGCUGUAGUGCUGCUAAUGGCUAUCCUGUCUUAUCUGGCCGUACGCCGCUUCAAAAGCAUGCUUAUUCAGGCCAAAGUGGACCAAACACGUAGCAGUUAUCGCAGGUUUAACCACUUUGACGAGCUGUCGGCUCGUUUUUGGGGAAGGUCCUGGCCGGGAUCGGAGGAUUCACUGGACAACCCUGCUUUCACCCGCUCUGACGAGUUACUGCACAUGAGGGCGCUGGACCGCACCUGCUGUUACCAUGACGACACUCUCUCCAUUGCCUCCACCUACCAGGACAGCGCCUCCCACCUCAACACUGUAUAUCCUCACAGUUCGCAGUAUCACUGGGAUCUGAGCAACUACAGCCUAGCAGACUGUGUAGUUGAUUCUGGAAAGGCUAGUGACCUGUCUGUGUGUAGCUGGCCAAUCGAACCAAUUCAGUGGACUCCGUUUCCCCUACUGCAGCAACUCUCCAGGAAUACAGCUUCGGUCAAAGCCUCGCGCCCUCGCUCUUACUGCGAAGGCAUGGAACUGGUGGAUCUGGAGAAAAGCUGGACAGCGUAAGAGGACCAAGAAAAGCUCAAGACAUGACUGAGACCGAGCAAAGUCGCAUUUGCAAGAAGUGUUUAAGAAUGCUUGAAAUUUCCAGGAUGGCACAAGCUCUUUUGAUGAAUCGUGCUUGGAGUCUAAUGCUUUUUGGCACUGUUUUCAUGAAACGUGACUGCUGAAGAACAUUCGAGUAGCCCUUGCUUGGCAGGAUUCCUGGCUCUCCUAGAUAUGUAAGUGCCUGUGGAUAUACAAGCUGAAGAAGUUACAGUAUUGUUGCAUUGUAGUAAAUAAUGUAUUUGGUACUAUGUUCUUAUAUAGGCUACAUAUAGAUCAUGACUCGUUUUGCCCAAACUAAAGCCAUUAUGGACAGAACAGCUUGGAAUUUUGCAGCGUGCUUUGGAUGAUUGAGGUUAUAUUUAUAUGAGGUUACCCAAUUGGAUCACUACCCACAGUUCAGAGGUGAAGAAUCGCAGACCCUGGAGGACGGCACAAGAUGACUGCAUACAAAUAUCCAUAACAUAAGAGAAGUAGAUUGUUUCUUCUCAGAAUAACAAAUUGGCAUUUUCCAUUUGCGCCAGACUGAAUUGGAAAAGAAACAGAAACAAAAAAAAAUUGGGGUCUCUUUUUACAGGUAAUAAAUAUUUUUUACCUCAAAGAAUCCACAGCUUGGAUUUUUUUCUCUGUGGGGUAUUUAUUAUGAACAAUCAAUUCUGUAUCUGUUGCUUCUUAUGAUUUAAAGCAUGAUGGGAAAACAUUAAAACCUGGAUAUUCGAA